AAGAAGUACACGCCUUCGACGAACAUAUCGAAGCCAUUGAAAAGUCGCUCAACAAUUUGCAACAACAAGUUGGUAAGACAGUUGAGGCAAGCACCCAACUGAUCGCCAACACCAAGGAACACUAUCUGAGCAAACAAAAUUUGGUACCAAGUGAUAUCGCACAGGAGUUUACAGCAUUAGAGUUGCUCUCCGAGCGUGUACAGGGCGCCAUGGAAACGAAACAAAAGGAAUUCAAGCGAGCCAAGACUGUACGCACCGAAUAUCUGAGUGGCGUAGAUGAAAUCCAAAGAUGGCUGCGUCAAGCGGAAGUGCAAGUGCAAGAUCGUACACUCGCGCCAGCGCAAAUGAAGGAAUUGUUGCAUCGCAUCAAUCAGGAAAUCACCGGCAUUUAUGAGCGUUUCACAAUGGUUAAGACAAAUGGACAACUGAUUAUCGAUAAUUGUCGGAAUAGUAAUGAGAAACUGCUCGUACAAUCGACGAUCGAUCAGUUGGCGCAAGAAUUGGGACAAGUACGCUCAUGGUUGGAUGAGAAGAAACAACAAGUCGGUGAUAGUUUGGAUGCAUGGACGAGAUUUAUGAAUUUGUAUCAAAUUGUGAUGGCGUGGGUGGUCGAGAAGCGCACCUUCCUCGAUCAGACAAUCGAAUUGCGUACACUGUCCGAGGCGCGUAACAAACUCAAUGACUAUGCAGCGGCUGUGAAGAGUAUUAAACCGAUUGUGAAGCAUUUGAGCGAAAUGGAUAAGGAAUUGGAACAUAUUGGACAAGUGACAACUGUGGGUGAUCUCAAGGAUAAAUUGCAAGAGGCUGAGGAUGCCAAGGUUUCCGUGGAAGCGGUGCUGCUGGAAAGGAAUUCCCUACUACAAGAAGCCUGCGAAGAAUGGGAUCAAUGUGAACGCAAAAUCAAGGACAUACGCAGCUGGAUAGACAAAACGAAGGAAGCAUUGGGUUCACCACAGCACAAGAAGAAACCGCUGCGCGAUCAAUUGGGCUACUGCGAGAAAACGCUGGCGGAUAUUAAUGUACAGAAGACCAAAUUGCGCCUAUCUAUCGAAAAAUUGGAGGUGCACUUCCGUAAUGGUAUGGGUGGCGAUCCGCGCCUAAGCGAAAAUGUCGAUGAUCUAUUGAAAAUCUUGGACGGACUGGCGGAAUUGGUACGCACCAAAACCACUAGUGUCGAAGAGACGCUCAAUCAGAUCGAUAUCUAUCAGCAACAGAUGCAAACAUUGCGUCAAAAGAUCAUACAAGAGGAACAACAAUUGCGGCUCGUAAUGGCGCCCACGUAUCUGCCCCACGAUCGUGAGCGUGCAUUAGCAGAGCAACAGGCAUGUCGGGAGCGUGUUAAGAAUCUUCAUUCAAAAAUAACUGCACGCAAUGAGCGCAUCAAGCUGUUGAUCCAUCGCGGCACACCGGACGAUGCAGUGUUAGAUAUAUAGUUUUAGGCGCCAUAAGCCCGUCGUACUUCCACCACCACCUCACACUUAAACACACUCACACACGAUAUGCGAGCAUCUUAUGGCAGCAGAAAAUAAACAUACAUUACUUACUACAUAAAUUUACUAUAUAUAAAUAUUUAUAAUUUUAAUAAUGUAUAGGAAAAAAAAAUAUUAAUUAUUUUAAAUUUAAUUUAAAGUUACGUACCUAAAUGUUAAAGUCUAAAAAAGAAGUUGUAGAGGAAGCAAAAACUGUGCGCGCAGCGUAAAAAACUUAAAGCCAAAGAACACACAAAGUACUUAAGUAUUCAAUUACUUAAAGCGCGUACUUAGCAUACCACAAGCCAACAUAUACAAAUACAAAUACCUUAGCUUAUGUACUAGUAGCAGCCACCGCCAAUGAAGCUACCAUCAACACCAAAUUGAAUGCGCCCAAAUGUUGGCAACUACAUAUGUGUGAGCGACACUCUAGCUGCUGCUGAGGCGCGCCGCUGCCAGACUCCCAAUGUUGGCUGAGCGCAUCGGCGGCGGCGAGAGCGUCGACACACUAACAGCUCUGUUUCCGCGCUAAUGACUAGACUUAUGCCAUCACUAUAACUGCGCCUAAAAUUAUGACGCAGUAUAUGGACAUUGUUUCACUCAGUAGUUCAUGACAAAAACAUUGACAGUUGUCAUUUGUUAGAGCGCUCAAAAUCAAGAUUUUGCGGCAUAUUUUUAGACGCUGUGGCGCUCAGACAAUUGUCAUGUGAACAGUUUUGUCAGUAGCUGUCGGAAUAAGGCUGUAAAUUUGCUGGCGCUUGCGUAAGAAAAACUUAAAAAGUUUUAAUUUGUUCAACACAUUUCCCCCAUAGCGUUAUUGUAAACAGCCAUUAUUUAUAAGGCAAAAAAAAAAAUUACUUAUAAAAAUAUUAAAAAACUCUGACAUGACCCCAAAAAAAACAAAGCGAUUUUUAAAUAA